GCCAUCAAAGCUGAAAGCUGGAGAUUUCUAGUCGGUUAUAUCUUAACUUGAUCGAAGAUGCUAAUCUCUUCGCUAUUAUUAACCCCAACACCCGUUAAAAAAAAAAAAGAAGAGAAAAACCAACUGUAGGAGAUUUUCUAUGUUGCUAUUUAUUGCAAACCGGCCUCUGAACCCAGCUUUCAGAUUCUCAAUCUCAUAUUUUUUCUAUCCGUCUCGUCUUCCUCUGUCCUCCGUACAAUGGGGUCUGGGAAUUCGAAGCUCAACCCAGAAGGAGAGGCUGUUCCUGCUAAACUCCGUCCCCUUGUACGCCGUUGGUUUGACGAGAUAAGAAGACGGAGAAGUUCGAACCUGUCCAAGAAAGAACUGCUCAUUAAUGAAGGCGUCGAAGAGUAUGGAAGUUCCCAGCCUCUAUCUGUACAUGAAAAAGAGAGAAAGAGCAUCACCUCUUCAUCGGACGACAGUGUAGCAUGUUCUUCAAAGGUAGAGGACGAGAAGUCGAAUGCGGCACCUGUGCCUGCAGAAUCUGACAAAACACGUAAAGAGCCUAAGGAGCAUAAGGAUGAGGAGAAAUGUGAAAAACAGGAUGAGAAAGAUGGUACACGUAGAGAAGAAGAGAAAGAGGUCAGGGUGGUUGAGAAGGCCUUGGUUGUAGAGGAAGUGUUUGUGCUCGCGGAAGAAACAAUGGAGGAGGAGGAGGAGGAGGAGGAAGGGGAUGAGGAUGAAAGGGUUACAUUCGGAUCGCCAAGUUUCAGGGUAUAUUGCAUCCCAUCAACAGAAAAUAACAAGGAAGAGAGCAAGGAAGAAAGCACGCACAGAAAUUCAGCCAGUGGCCGAGAAAGCGUUGAGAGCAAUUCUGACGAGGGCCAGGAGAAGAACACAAAGAAGAAAGGAAACAGAGGAAGAAGGUUGAAGAGAGCCAUCAAGAGCGGACCAGUUGCUGUGAAGAAUUUGUUGAACGUGACAUCAUGUUACCACCCAGGUUGCUCUGGCAAUGACAGAGCGCGCCUUCUUGCUGAAAAAGCAGAAGGUUGAUCAUAUCCCAAGCAAGGAAGAAUGAAGAUAGCUUUUCCAAUUUCUUUGUGCUUACUUUUUAGCAUCAAGGGCUUUGUGGUCUUCAACUCUCAUUAAUUCACUUGUUUACAGACGAUAGAGAUACUUUGAAAUCAAAGAUUGUGUCACUGUAUAGGAUGAAACCUGAUUAUAUUUCUUCUCCACGUAUUUACUGUGCUUCAUUAA